GCGAUCCAUGAAACCAUGAAUGAUCGGGUUACCGAAGAAAAAGAACAAGAAGCAGGAGAGAGAGAGAGAGAGAGAGAAAGAGGGAGCCAGAUAUACACAAAUACACACAGAAUCUGUCCAACUCGACCUUCGGCCGUUCUCUCUCCGUUUCACUCUUUCGCUCUCUUCAUUUUCAAAGUAUCAAAUUGUGUACAUACAAAGAGGAGGAGACUACAGCAUCUCACAGAGUCUUUCGACGCUAAAGCCCGAGAGAGAAAGAAAAAGAGGGAGGUAAAGUCAUUGGACUCUUCCUGCGCGCAGUUGCUAACGAGACGUACACAACCUCAAAAUAUCGUCUACAAUAAAAUUGAUGCUCCUGUUCGUAGAUACACGAUGGAGAAUUAUCAGGUUGAGAACCGCACCCACUGCAAUUAUACCCAGAUCACAUCGGGGUCAAUGGACACUACUAUAUAUAUAUAUUUCAUAUUAAUAGGCUCGAAGAAGAUAUACAAUUCAGAGGAGUGAAUGAAAAUUUAAUUUUUAGGGAUAUAUUACUGGCCUUAUUAUUAAAUCUCGGUAGACCUGGUAUAAUCGUUGAACGAUAUUUGCAAAAACUUGAGCUGAGGGCUGAGGUUGACGCGGGUGAAAGAUGAAAUGAGAAGGAAAGGUAAAGAGAGACAGAGACGAGACGACGAACGUUCGGAGAUGCAAGAUGGCGUCCAUGGGCCAUGCACGGUUUUCCAUCUCGCACAACUCUUACUCGUGCUCAUAUGUUUCACUAGCGUGUAUUAGUUUUGCAUGUAUAUUUUGUCGGGAACAAUUGUAAAUAAUAUACUAUAAUUUUUUUAUACUACGGUAAUUUAGAAUAGUAAAUAAAAAAAAAUCACUAACUUUGGGACAUGAAGGAAAUUUGAUGGUAAUUCGACUGUUUUGUUGCGUUGCGUGUAUACAUGUCAUAUGUAUACAACAAAAAACGAAACGUACGAACAUAAGAAAAUCGUCCUCCACACAGUAUAUACAGCAUGUAUACAUGAGUAAACGCGUGUGCGUGGGUUGUGACGUUCGAUUAUUGUGUAUAACCGCAUUUGAUAUCCUUUCUCUCUCUCUUGCAAGUUUGAACGCGUAUAUAUAUCGUCUGAAAUCCUCGGGAUUGUUGUGUUGGAACGAAAAAUAGAUAAAAGCGCAAUUAUGUCGUUGUGUCGAUGUCGCUUUGUGUUGGUUGGAACUUUGAGUGCAUUCGUGGGAGCGAACAUUGACGAAAACAACACCGUUCAGCACUGCAGUGUGUUAUAGACAAAAACACAUAAGUGCACACGAUUCAUCAAGAAUAAUGCGAAAUUGAAGACUCAGUUCACGGUAUACCGACAACAGAAAGAAUAAAAACAAAGAUAAAGACAACGAGGCCUGCUCCUCGAGGACGGGCAUGGAGGAGCUCAAAACUUCCCAGGAAAUCGUUCACGAGGGUUGGCUCAUCAAAUCACCUCCUACGAAACUCUGGAGAGCGCGAUGGAGAAAGCGAUGGUUUGCUCUUAGAGAUAGCGGCGAAUUGCCCGGGCAAUAUUUCCUUGAGUAUUAUACGGACCGACGAUGUCGCAAACUCAAAGGGCGAAUCGACUUGGAUCAGUGUCAGCAGGUGGAUGCUGGACUAAGAUUUGAAAACCGCAAACAAAAGUAUCAGUUCAUGUUCAAUGUGAAAACUCCCAAAAGAAUUUAUUAUCUGGUAGCUGAGAGCGAGGCGGACAUGAAUAAAUGGGUGAACGCGGUUUGUCAAGUUUGUGAACUCAAAGCUUACACGCAGGAUGAGGAGCAACAGUGUCAAUUGUUUCAAUACGAAUCGCAAGAAUCGCCCCCUACGUCACCAACAAGUACAAUUUCGGGUCCGUACAUCGCGAUUAGCGAGUGCAUUUCUGGUCGUCGCUUGAACGACGCGAGUUCUUUAUGUUCAGGAAUGGGCCAGGGUCCCGAACAUUAUGACGCACCAAGAAAAUUGGCUCCAUCACCGCCCCGUUCACCAACUACCACAGACGUUGACAGUGUCUUUACGGACGACGAAUGGACCACACCUGUACCCAGUGUUAAUUGGGAAACAUUCCCUUCCGGAGAGUCUCGAGCGGCGCACAGUUCGGUUGAUCCAGAACUUGGUUCAUGGAGCGUACAAAAGCGCUUUGGAAAGUUAACGAUAGUAGAUUCGCCAGGAGGAUCGGGGAUGGAAAAAUUGCCGGCGCCUCCACGGCCGCCGAAACCGGCCCACAUGUUGCCAGAUAAUCCGGGGCACAAUUAUUUGAAUUUGGACGGUGCGACGGAAAGUUCAAAACCGACGACCCCAGCGACGCCAGCACCUUCGACACCAGCGACCGCUAUAGUGACGGACGAAACUUAUGAUUUUCCCCGAUCGCAUCAGCCUGGAACGAGCGGCUUGGAAUCGACGAACAACGGUGGAACUUUGUCGAGACAUUGUUACAGCAAUGCUGCACCUUCCAGCCUCGACGAUCGAGUUUUUCGAUAUGAUUUUCACGAAGAUGAGCCAUCGAGUCCGCGUUCCGAAAGUUCGACGACCGCAACAUACUCCAAUUUACCGAGUCCAUUGAUUCGCGACUCUUUGAGCACUUUGACCAACAAUUCGGCUAUGCCACCUCCGGUUGUUUAUCGAGAACUAAAGCCGGGUCGGAAAACUUCGGACUCGACUUCCAUUAUAAGCAACGAAGCCUCGCCCGGGCCCGUCCUUUCCGUACCCGAAAUAAGCUCGGCCGAACACUCACCUGCCGAACCUCCCAGUAUUAAUCGUAAACUCAAACCUCCCCUCAACAAACCGACACUCGAAAAUCCACUUCAACUUGCCUCACCGCCUGGUAGAACACGAAUUCGCGCUGCUCCGAGCCCAACACCACCGUCUCAUCACAACUCUCACAACACUCAUCCUUCCACCUCCGACGAAGACAACAAUGCACUCGAUGAUAAAGAAGAGAUUUAUUAUUACCAGGAUCACAGUACAUUCAUUCCUGCCUCGAACCGACGUCUCGUUGUCCUCCAGUAUUUAGAUCUCGAUUUGGAGGCAUCCGAGAGUUUUGCAUCAUCCGUCUUACCGGCGGCUCAGUCGCCGCCGAAUACAACGGUUUACAAAACAGUCGACUUUUUGAAAACCGAAGCCUUCAAUCGAACGAGACAACUUGUCGAGGAAGAACGAAACAAGUCGACCGAUGAAUUGUCUUGAGUUUCACAUAUGUACACUAUCACAAUUUACGCAUUAAUAUUUAUACAGGGCAUUCCAUUUUAAUCGAUCUUAAUCGAAUCGAUUACGACACUCUCGUAGUAAACGCAUUUUCAUGCGUUUUCUAUGAAAUUCUAAAGAAGGAUAACUAUUUCUCUCUCGUUUCAAAAACAUAUCGAAUCUGUACUUGAAAUUUUUCUAUUGUUGAUUGGCACGAUUGAUUGGCCCUGUAUAAUUAUUACGAUUGGUAUGAUGAAAAUUAUUCAUCGAUAUUAUAAUUUUUGACAAAAUAAUAAUUAUUCCUAUUAUUUUAUUAUAACUUAUAAUAUACAUUCGAACCAUUACACGCCAUUGCACGCUGGAAAUUACGGAAAAUAUUCAAAAUCGUGUUUCCGACUAAUAGUUUUUAUUUUUGAAAGAAAGUCGGGCGAUAUGAAAUAAUAAUUAGUCUUUUCAUUUUUUUUUCCCAUGAAACUCAAUUGGACUGAAAAUAUGUGACAUUCCGACGUUUGUUGAUAUUUUUUUUGAAUAAUCGUAAAACAAUCUAAAGAUUUACCUGGAUGUUCCUCCUUCCAUAGGGUACUUUUUAACAGAAUAAGUUCGGGAUGAUUAAUGCGUGAAAUGGCGUGAAAUUCCCCAUAUAUCAUGGAUCAAUUGCGAUCUCAGCAUGUUUCCUGUUACACGAAGUAUUCCUUCGAAACGAGUAUACGAUACUGUAUAAAAGAAUUAAUAAGUUUACGCUGAUCCUACUGCUCUGAUGAAGGAACAAAAAACAAACUCGAUGAAUAUUUUAGAUCCGUUCCGGCCAACGGAUCUCAUUUUUUGCCUUCAUUUUUCGUAUGCCAAGGAUGGUGCAGAACAUUUUUAUAACGCAACGAGAGCCCGUUUUGUCAUUACCGAACGGGGGGAAAUAACGUUAAUUUUUAAUCUUGUAACGUUUGCAAUAUGUAACGAAUAGCAAUAUUUUAAAAAUGGCCAAAAACGUUAUUGUUCAAGCUUAAUCGCGCGGUUCACGGUCGCAUCGAGAUUUUUCACUUCGAUGCUUUUCCCAAUUCGAUAGAUAAUGUAGAGAUUUUCAAUAAUUCGUUAAGAAUUACGCAAGUUCGGAUAGCCGAAGAUAUUUUUAUAGCAAACUUGUCUUUAUUUAAUUGUAAUUGAAUUUUUUUUUUCCAACGUCGAAAAUGAAUCAAGUAUUGUGAAUAUAAUAUGAUUGUAAACCAUGUCAUUGUUGCGUGCUCGAAUGGUUGCGUGAGAGAAUGCGAUUCAAUACGGGAAUCAAUUUGAUGCAUUUGUGCAAUCGAAGCAAAUGAUCUCUUCCCAGUUAAUUCGUCGUGUGUCCUUAAUAACGCAUUGCUCGAAGUAUUUUUUAUACUAUUAAAAUUACAUACGCAUACGGAUAUGUAUAUGUUGACAUAGGAAAUUUCAUGAGAUGCCUUAGGAGCACGUAUCGAUAGAUUCCUUGAUUGAAUUCAACGAGUCUCAUAAUUGUUUCACCAUAUUUUUGUUGUUACUUCUGAACAGCCGAAAAACAUCAAGCAUCAUUUUACCAUUUUUUUUUUCCGGUGAUUAUAACAUUACGUAUUAUUUCCCUCAACCAUUGCGCUGCUUCGUGUGAGGCAGGUACUGUCCGAUAUUCCUGGACAGUGUUGUAUUAUCGCGUAAAGAAGGAAUUAUCACUGGGGCGGAGCGGUUCAAUUUUUUCGUCACGAUCUGCUUAUAUAUAAAUGAGCAUGAUAAAAUAUUCAUUGAAUUUUACAAUAUGUUUUCCAUGAACACGAAUUACCUUCGUAAUAUAUGAUCGAUACACGCGCAUGCCAUACUAUUAAUUGUACAUAAAUCCACUGAUAUGUUUUAUUAAUACAUAUAUAGUUUAUAAUCGUGAUACAUAUUUGAAUGAAUAUAUAAAAUGAUACGUGUGUAUAUGUACAAGAACACAGUAUAUGCAUACGCAUCGACUCUUUGUCUAAUUUUUAUAACAAUUUUAUCAUAAGCAUUUGAAUAAUUUUUCUCCAGCGGUUAAUUGCAAUAACAACGUGCGAAAAAAGAAUAUUUGAAUCGCGUAACCUAAUUCGCUGAUCUGUAAAUACGCGAGACUUAUUGGCAUGAUUGUUGAACUAUGCGCGAAUAUGAUCGGAAUUUCAAUGAGCGAGAAACAUAUCUACACAAUAUCGUACAAAUAAAACCAACCAAUGAAAGAAUAA